AAAUGGCCGACAGCACUUUAUGGUCCUUCCCUUACGUCUUUGUUGCGGAAGUGAAAAGUCUACGUGGGGAAGAAAGGUCGGUCGAACCAGUCCUCCUCUCCACCCCCUGUUUGGCAAAUGGACGCUUAGAGCAGCGGCCGGGGCGUAUAAAUGGGACAGAGAGCCGACGCCAGGCUGUAAUGCUGCGCCGGGUGCGGCAGUCUCUCCGGCAGGUGCUGUUUCUAAUGGCACGGAGACCGGGUCUACUCUGCGGGACUCUCGUGCUCGGCGUCCUGCUUGUACUGGCCGUCAAGUUCACGUGCAGCCGUGCUAAGAAUGUGGUGGCAGCAGCUCGGCCUUCGGUGCGGUUUUUCUCUGCCGAGGCCCCAGUAGUGGACCUAUACUUGGGUCAGCUGGACCAGGUGGAGCGUCUCAGGAGUAUGGCAGAGGUAUCUCUCAUCUUCUUCUAUGCACCAUGGUGUGCUCACUCGAUGGCUGCCCGGCAGGAAGUGCAGCAGGUGGCUAAGAAGCUGGCCAAACAGGUGCAGUUUGUGGCUGUUAACUGCUGGUGGAGUCAUGGGAAAUGCAGGAAGCAACACCGCUUCUAUCAGUACCCGAUCAUCCAUCUGUUUUAUAGAAGGUUUGGGCCUAUAGAGUACAAGGGUCCAAUUGUGGCUCCGUAUAUUGAAAGUUUUGUCCUCCGAGUCAUCACACCGCUCACUUACCUCCCAUCAAGAGCCACACUCAAAGAGUUCCUCUCUUAUCAUGAGCCUCGAGUAGUGGGCUUCUUCCAGUUUAAUUCCUCUCCUCAGCCGCCGGGGUACACAACAUAUUUGUCCUCUGCCCUGCAGGCCCUUAAAAGGGACUUCCGUGGUGUUGUACGUUUCGGGGUCGUGACUAACAAACAGGUGGCAGAAGCCAUCUCAGUAAAAGAAGAUGAAACAGUUUACCUUUACAGAAGAUUUAAGUCCUCUUUGAUUUUCCCUCGAAGGGAACGCAACUUUACAUCAGAGGCCAUCUGUAGCUGGGUGUUUGAACACCUUGAGACCGUCCUCCAGUGGUUGCAGCCUCCAGGAACAAAGUCCCGUCUCCUGGAACAUGAGCUCACUAAAGGUCCAGCACUACUGCUGUUCCUGCCGCACAAUCCACUCGGGUCCAAACUUAGCCCCAUACUACAGCAGGUUGCAGACAUUGCUGUGCGUUAUCAUUCUUGUGACAACACUAACCACUCCAGCUUGGACAAAAGUUUCCCCUCCCACUCGCUGUGCUGCCAGUCAGUUCUUCUCCCAGAGUCUGAAAGUGUGUGUGAGGUGUGCCUCAGUUUGUCACAAUCGGGCCUAACCAGCUCCUCUGUAGGCUGCUCGUUCCCGUCCACGGCUCAAGGAGGAGACGAGUUGCAGUCUUAUCUCAGUAACUGCUGCCUACACCUACUACCUGCCGUGUCCUUAAAAACACCGACCUCAGUGGGCUGUAGCAACUUUCUUAACAGCUACAGCCCAUUCAGUCAAUACAGUGCCUGCUGCAGAAAAGAAUCUCAACUCAAUGAAUCACAAGCCAAAGAGGAGCUAGACGUGCAAAUACCUCCUCCUCUUUUCAUCCCUCCAUCCUCUGUCCCUCAUCAGGGAGGAGACAGCAUCACAGGGCUCCGGUGUCGGACUAACAGGACGCUCAGGUUUUAUCUGCUUGAUGUCGCUCUGAACUGGCCUCUGGCGGUGAGGCUCGGGGCAAAUAGCAACAGAAAUGCUUCUCUUCACCAAGACGCUGGUGCACAAGACGAUGGAUCGUUUGCAACUAUUGUGAACCUGAAGGAUGAGGUUCAUUAUGUUCUCCACCGCAGUCCAGCAGCCACGCUGACAGAGUCUCUGGAGGCCUUCAUCUGGAACUUCAGUGCUCCAUACACCCUUUUGCAGAGGCACUUGGUGGGAGAAGAAGACAGGAAAGGAGGGGAGGAGGAAACCAGGCAAACAGACAAACACCAGCACUCACGUCCACGCCUCCUCAUCACAGAACUGACCACUUCCUCCUUCCUGCCAUCCGUCAUGGACCUCCAAAAGGAUGUGCUGGUCAUCUACUACACUCAGUGGUGUGGAUUUUGCUCUGUUCUCAACCACAUCAUCAUCCAGCUGGCCAGAUUAUUACAGGGGAACAGCACCAUCACUGUGGCCAGGGUGAAUGUUGCACGUAAUGAUCUUCCAUGGGAGUUCAUGGUGGAUCAUGUUCCCUCUAUUCUUCUUUUUCCCAAAUACAGAAAACAUUUUAGUGUGAAGUUUCCUGACAACCUGCCCAUCACGUUACCCAACCUCCUUAACUUCGUCCUGCAGCACUCCGGCUCUGUACAAUAUGCAGACAGACCAGUGCCAGCUUCGAGCGAGGCGGAGGCUGCGGGCCCCAGCACCUUCCUCCGUGCAGAGUUUCUAGCACUCCAGCGAGAGGUCCAGGCGCUGCGUCACUCACGCGAGCGUCUCUCCCAACAGCUGGCGCAGCUGUGGCGCGACAACCGGCGGCUGACUUUUGACGCUUUCAGGUUAAAAGCCCAGAACGAAGGGCUGCAGAGAGAGAGGCAAAGCUUGGAGGAACAGCACCGGGAGAAAAGCCGGCAGCUCGGGGAGGCGGUGAAGCGGCUGCAGGAGCUGGCAGACGCCUCUGACAACCUGCUGAAUGAGAACACACUGCUCAGGGUCCUGCUGAGGGCGCUGAAGGACAGGACAGAGGCUACAGAGCAGGCAGAGGCGGACAGAAAAGGGGCCUCAUGGCCUCCUGACAACAAGUCUGCAGGAAAUCCUGAGAGCGACGCAGAGAAGAGGAGGAGAGAGGAAAGAGGGCCAGGAAAUGGAGGUAGGACAGAAAUGGAUGAGAAAAAGAAGAACAUGUGAUUAGACGUGGUGAAACAGGAGGGAUUUCUAAGCAAAAUGAAGCUUGAAUGAGGAGGUCAAGUAAAAACCCUAGGGGCAACAUGACCUGAUGAUUUCUGUCAGAGAAAAGAGCAAAUGAGGGGGAAAUGGCAGCUAUGAUCUGUCAGAGGAAAACUAAGAUAGCUGCUACGUCAGGAAAGAAAUAAGGAAACACGUAAAAGAAAAGAAGAAAGAUGGAUCGGUGGUGAGGGGAAAUAGCAGUGUUUGUUAGAGACGGAAUACUCUAAGCUGCUGUCAUGAUAGUGGGCUCAUCCACUCUUAGGAACACACUAGUGUGGUAAUUCAGUGCCAAUCAGAGCUUGCUAAAAAAUUAAAUUUCUGUUGGAAGGGUGAAGACGUAACCCUGAGUUAUGUUUAAUAUAUUACUCAGACCCUGCAGCCAAAUUCUCUACCUUCCCAAUAUUACUGUUUAAUCUCGAACAAAAGCUAUUAUUCAAAAAAAAAAAAUAUUCACCCCCAAAAAACAUGUAGCUUACUACACCAGCUCACAUGGUAAAGUAUAAUGUACAUUUCCACAGCACUAACUCAUGUUAUGCUCACCACUCUGCAGCUCUGUUUCUCUCUUUUGACAGAAAUGUUUUCAUAAUAAAUUCCAAUUGUUCCUUCUUUGCCUUCUUCUUGAUAUGAUGCUAAAAAACGUCCUGACGUUUAUC